AUGUUCCUGUUUGGCCCGGAAAUAGCGACCAUGGACGAAGUUAUCGAAGCUCUUAAUAUACAGGACGAAGUUGUCGAAGCUCUCAAUAUACAGGACGAAGUUGUCGAAGUUUACAAUAUACAGGACGACGUUGUCAAAGCUGUCAAUAUACAGGACGAAGUUGUCGAAGCUCUCAAUAUACAGGUGGAAGUUGUCGAAGUUUACAAUAUACAGGACGACGUUGUCAAAGCUGUCAAUAUACAGGACGAAGUUGUCGAAGCUGUCAAUAUACAGGACGAAGUCGUCGAAGCUGUCAAUAUACGGGACGAAGUUAUCGAAGUUUACAAUAUACAGGACGAAGUUGUCGAAGUUUACAAUAUACAGGACGAAGUUGUCGAAGCUGUCAAUAUACAGGACGAAGUUGUCGAAGUUUACAAUAUACAGGACGACGUUGUCUAA